AUUCUGGGACUUUGAACUUCCGGUAAGGGGAAAAGGUACAUGCGGGAAAUAAUCAUGGCGGAAUUCGACCUUACAACGAGAAUUGGACAAUAUUUAGACCGACAUCUGGUCUUUCCACUGCUGGAGUUCCUGUCAGUGAAAGAGAUCUACAAUGAAAGGGAUAUGUUGGAUGGAAAACUCCAGUUGCUAAGCAACACAAAAAUGGUGGACUACAUUAUGGAUGUGUUUAGAGGACUCCAUCCUGAUAAAGAGGUUCCUCCAGAAAUGUAUGAAAAGCGUGGGGUGGUCGUUGAGGAGAUGAAGAAGCUGAUGUCUCAGACUAAACCAAUCUUAGAGAUCUUCUCAUUGGAUGAGGUCAACGAACUAAUCCAGAGUACACGAGACGGACGAGUUCUCUUCGAAUACAUGGAGACAAAUCAUGGGUUUCGUCAUGAGAUGUUGGAUAUAUUGUACACAUUCGCCAAGUUCAAGUAUGAAUGUGGGGACUACAGUACAGCUGCACAGUACCUGUACUUCUUCAGAGUGUUGAUUCCCCAGAAUGACAAGAAUGCAAUGCCAGCGCUGUGGGGAAAGCUUGCCUCGGAGAUCUUAAAGCAAGACUGGGAUCAAGCACUGGAGGAUCUUAACCAACUACAGGAGGUUAUUGACUCCAAUACAUUUGUCACCCCGCUGCAGUCAUUGCAACAGAGGACGUGGUUAAUUCACUGGAGUUUAUUUGUGUACUUCAACCACCCUCAAGGCCGGGAUUUCAUCAUUGAUAAAUUCCUCUACCAGCCAGCGUACUUGAAUGCAAUUCAGACAACAUGUCCGCAUAUAUUACGCUAUCUCACAACAGCUGUCAUCACCAAUAAGAAUCGAAGGAGACAAGUACUGAAAGACCUAGUCAAGGUUAUACAACAGGAGUCUUACACCUACAGAGACCCCAUUACAGAGUUUGUGGAAUGCCUCUAUGUCAACUUCAACUUUGAUGGAGCGCAACAGAAGUUGAGGGAGUGUGAAACAGUCUUGAUCAACGACUUCUUCUUGGUGGCCUGUUUAGAAGACUUCAUAGAAAACGCCAGAAUGUUUAUAUUUGAGACUUUCUGUCGCAUCCACAACUGCAUCAGCAUCAACAUGCUUGCAGACAAGCUGAAUAUGAAUCCAGAAGAUGCUGAGCGCUGGAUCGUUAACCUCAUCAGGAAUGCUAGACUAGACGCCAAGAUUGAUUCCAAAUUGGGUCAUGUGGUGAUGGGCUCCCAGAACGUGUCUCCGUAUCAGCAGGUGAUUGAGAAGACUAAGAACUUGAUCUACAGGAGCCAGGCUUUGGCUGGUAACAUCGAUAAGAGGGAACAGUCUAAGAAUACGUCUUCCUCUAAAGGCCAAGGGCAGCAGCAGCAGCAAACUCAGUCAAAUUCGAUGUGGGGAGUGGAUUUUUAACAACUUACUCUCCAAUCAGCAAGUGUAGUAUGGAUUCACCAAGAAUUAUUGUCAACGACUGUUUCCUGCUGCUCCAAGAUGCGAAAUCCCUUUUCAAACAUGAAACGGUGGAAGACUUGAUAUCAUCAUACAGGCAAUUUGUUUUCUUUUCUUUUGGCAUUUAUUAAAGAAGCACUCUUGAGUACUGCCUUGGUAAUUGUUGAAAAUGUUUGAGUCAAAGUUUCAAAGUUCCCUUUGCAAAAUAAAAGUAGCCUCGCCCUCUCAAAUAUGAACUUCCAGGCCUUGUAAAAUGUGUUCACCACAUAUGCUGCAGACUGGUGUAGAUUAUUAUUAAAAACUAUAGUGGAUGGUGUUAAAUGGCCAUAUAGUAGGAGGGUUAAUCUUGUUUCAUUCUUGUUUACAAUGAUAAUCUACUUUGUAUC